UACAUAUUCAGAAAUACGUCAACAUAUAUCUAUUGCCGCCAUGCUGUUUUUCUGUUACUUCGUUCUUCUGGUCGUUUCAGUUUCUGCCGUACCUAAAACGCAGAUUGUUGAUGGAUCAGUAGCAAACGAUUGUGAAUUUCCGUCCAUUGUCUACAUCCGAAUAUAUUUGCAGUCAAGCGGUUCCGCGUUUAGUAUAUGUGGAGGCGCUUUGAUCGAUUCUACACAUGUAUUAACUGCAGCUCACUGUGUGACAGGAGACAUCAAAAAGGUUAAGGUAAGUAUUGGUUCCAACCUACGGUCUCGUAAAUCUAACUCAAGAAGUGUAAGCAACAUUGUGAAGCAUAGUGAAUACACAAACAUUUUAGGUGAUCCAGAAGACUAUAUAGUCAAGAAUGACAUCGCCAUAUUGACACUAAACCAAUCAGUCAGCGAAGGAAACUGUGUCCGGUUCGCAUCACUGGCAAGUCAAGGAGAAACGUUUGGCACUUCAAGAUGCAUCGCUGCUGGCUGGGGAAGAUUGGCACCUGACGGGAACAUCCCCGAUGCGUUAUAUAAGGUACCGCUUCCCAUUGUUCCUCAUGAUGAGUGUAAAAAGAAUUCAAUUAUGCAAAUAUCGGAAGGUGUUCUUUGUGCUGGUGAUUUUGUUCUAGGUGGAGCCUCAACUUGCCAUGGUGAUUCUGGAGGUCCACUUUAUUGUCCUAACUCAAAUGGUGAAAUGGUUUUAGCAGGAGUGAACUCGUUCGGGUACGAAUGUGACGAAGACAUAAAUGCUUUCACUGAUGUCGGUUAUUUCAGAAAUUGGAUUCAAACUCAUUUGUGACAAGUACUUAAAUGAAAAUGUUUUUACACUGCAGCGUACUCGGAAUAUUAGCUACUCUGUAUAAAUAAUAUAAUGUAAUAUAA